ACAGCAGCGCUUCUUUCUUAGCUAGUCACCGGCCCCUGCCCAAGAAUCCCUGUGUGUGUGUAGCCUCGGCAGAGACGUGGUUCUCCUGGAGUCCCCAGGGUUUGCCGGAGCUUACGAGAACUGGGGAGGAGCCAUCCCAGCCAUGAGCCCCUGCAGGAAUCUGCCAAGGGGCAAGUGGCCCGGCGUCCUCACACCCCUCUGGCUGCUGCGGAGGGAGAGGUGAGCGCUGGGCAGCCCGCCCACAGCCGGAGGUGCCGGGAGCCCUGGGCCUGUCAUGGUGGCCAUCCGCAGCCAGCCUGAGGCACUCCCAGACGGGUUUGCUGCUGAGCUUGUUUAUCUGGUGUGGGAAGAAGAUGGGGAGUUACUUGUCCGUCCCGGCUUACUUCACCUCCAGAGACCCCUUUCGGUGUUCAGAAUGCCAGGAUUCCCUCACCAACUGGUACUAUGAGAAGGAUGGGAAGCUUUAUUGCCACAAGGACUACUGGGGGAAGUUUGGGGAGUUCUGCCAUGGGUGCUCUCUGCUGAUGACAGGGCCUGUCAUGGUGGCCGGGGAGUUCAAGUACCACCCAGAGUGUUUUGCCUGUAUGAGCUGCAAGGUGAUCAUCGAGGAUGGGGAUGCAUAUGCUCUGGUGCAGCAUGCCACCCUCUACUGUGGGAAAUGCCACAAUGAGGUGGUGCUGGCACCCAUGUUUGAGAGACUCUCCACAGAGUCUGUUCAGGACCAGCUACCCUACUCUGUCACACACAUCUCCAUGCCAGCCACCACAGAGGGCAGACGGGGCUUCUCUGUGUCUGUGGAAAGUGCCUGCUCCAACUAUGCCACCACUGUGCAAGUAAAAGAGGUCAACCGGAUGCACAUCAGUCCCAACAAUCGCAAUGCCAUCCACCCCGGGGACCGCAUCCUGGAGAUCAAUGGGACCCCUGUCCGCACACUCCGAGUGGAAGAGGUAGAGGAUGCAAUUAGCCAGACAAGCCAGACGCUUCAGCUCUUGAUUGAACAUGACCCCGUCUCCCAGCGCCUAGACCAGCUGCGGCUGGAUGCACGGCUCUCUCCCCGCAUGCAGAAUACUGGACACUCCCCUACUCUCAGCACCCUGGACACCAAGGAGAAUUUGGAAGGAACGCUAAGGAGACGCUCCCUGAGGCGCAGUAACAGCAUCUCCAAGUCCCCUGGCCCCAGCUCCCCAAAGGAGCCCCUGCUCUUUAGCCGUGACAUCAGCCGCUCAGAAUCCCUUCGCUGUUCCAGCAGUUACUCACAGCAGAUCUUCCGGCCAUGUGACCUGAUCCAUGGGGAGAUCCUGGGGAAGGGCUUCUUUGGGCAGGCCAUCAAGGUAACACACAAAGCCACGGGCAAAGUGAUGGUCAUGAAGGAGUUAAUUCGGUGUGACGAGGAAACACAGAAGACUUUUCUGACUGAGGUGAAGGUGAUGCGCAGCCUGGACCACCCCAAUGUGCUCAAGUUCAUUGGUGUGCUGUACAAGGACAAGAAGCUGAACCUGCUGACAGAGUACAUUGAAGGGGGCACACUGAAGGACUUUCUGCGCAGUGUGGAUCCAUUCCCCUGGCAGCAGAAGGUCAGAUUUGCCAAAGGCAUCGCCUCUGGAAUGGCCUAUUUACACUCCAUGUGCAUCAUCCACCGGGAUCUGAAUUCACACAACUGCCUUAUCAAGCUGGACAAGACCGUGGUGGUAGCAGACUUCGGGCUGUCACGGCUUAUAGUUGAAGAGAGGAAAAAGCCCCCAGUGGAGAAGGCCACCGCCAAGAAACGCACCUUGCGUAAGAAUGACCGUAAGAAGCGCUAUACAGUGGUAGGAAACCCCUACUGGAUGGCCCCUGAGAUGCUGAAUGGAAAGAGCUACGAUGAGACAGUGGAUGUCUUCUCUUUUGGGAUCGUUCUCUGCGAGAUCAUCGGGCAGGUAUAUGCAGAUCCUGAUUGCCUGCCCCGAACACUGGACUUUGGCCUCAACGUGAAGCUUUUCUGGGAGAAGUUUGUCCCCACAGACUGCCCCCCAGCCUUCUUCCCCCUGGCCGCCAUCUGCUGCAAACUGGAGCCCGAGAGCAGACCGGCAUUCUCAAAACUGGAGGACUCAUUUGAGGCUCUCUCCCUGUAUCUGGGGGAGCUGGGCAUCCCGCUGCCUGCAGAGCUGGAAGAGCUGGACCACACUGUGAGCAUGCAGUACGGCCUGACUCGGGACUCACCUCCCUAGCCUUGGCCCAGCCCCCUGCAGGGGGGCAUUCUGCAGCCACCAUUGCCCCCUCUGCACCCCAUCUCUGCUCUGGGCAGGGCCGUCCGGGCUUCCUAUGGAUUGGCAGCUUAUUCAGAAGCAGAACAAGCCAUCCCUACUACCUCCCCAGGAGGCCAGCGGGUGCAGCACCAGGGAAACACAUCACAGGUUUGGGGGCCUGGUUACUGUCUGUAAAUCCAACACUCGCCUGAAAGCUGUGAAGAAAAAAAAAAAAAAAGCCUGGCCCAUGGGCUGGGGGAAUCUGUUACUCAUGACCACUUGGGAGCUCCUGGCAGUGCAAUUCUGGGAGGCUGUUGCUUACACUAAUCAUUGUGACCUGGACCUGCUGGGCAGGAUUCCAGGGUGAACCUGCCUGUGGGUUCUGAAGUCUCUGGUCCCGCUUGGGUACAGGAGGACAUCAAGGGGGGCUGUGAACAGGAGAGAGACUGGUGGCCAGGUGACUAUCCAAGGAUGUGAAAUGACAGUGGUGCUACCCCACCUUCCACCCCAUGCCCCGCCCUCCUAUGGGGCAAGGAUUGAGGGAGUAGGUUUUGAAGAGUUCUUAGUUUGUGGGGGAACUGGCCAGGAGUCAGGGGGAAGGUUAGUUUCUGCUCAUCUCCCAGGCCUAGGAGCCACAUCAGUGUGAGGGGAGGGCUUCCACCUCAUGUUUUCAAACUAUUGCUCUCGCUGAGAGCUCCUGGGCCUUUCUGACUACAACAAGCACUCACCCACAAGUGCAGGAAGAGGCUAGGAGCUGGAAAGGUGCCCUGUUUUCUAGAAAGCCCGUAUCUGGGCUGCUGUCAUUCAUAGACUGGUGGUCACCUCAAUCAGAAGCCCAAGACAUUUAUCUUAGUGUUAGAUUGGUUCUGGAGGAUUGUGUGGCUUGUCACAGGCCCAGUAAAUGAACCAGGGGAGUGGGAAUCUCAGCAGUCUCUUGGUCUUAUCCUUGUGGCAACCACUGCUCAUCCUUUACUAUCCCUGGUCCAGGCAGCAACAUGGGCAGGAAGAGGUGGUGGCAGAGCUCCAGAGCUGGGGUGCUGGGGGAAACCACUCCCUGAGCUGGCCUUUCUGGCUUCUACCUCCCUUGUUGGUCAGCUCAGCUCACUAGCUCCUAGCUGCUGCUUCCUGACACAGCUAAUGGGUGCUGAAAAGCCCCAGAGGCACCCUCUACCUUGGGUCUCAGAGCUCCAGGGACUCUUCAACACAAAUAGAUUUGCCUCCUUUUACGCAUCUGUGAGCUUGCACCAUAUUUAACAAAUUGGGAAUGGGUUUGGGAUAUUACUGCAAUGUGUGGUGGUCGUGUUGGGGAGUGGGGGUGGGGGGAGGGGGAGGAGUGAUCCAGGAGAGUGGUUGAUGUUAAUACUAUUUUAUUGCUAUAUCUGUUGGGUGAUAUGUGAAAAUACCAUACAUAGACCUGAUAAAUUGUGGGAUUAGAUGUCAUCUUGACAGAAUUUACCUGCUUAUGUGUGGAGUGUGCAAGCUUGCUGUAGGGUUGACCCCUGGCUCCAAGCAGCCCUAAGUCAGCAUUUUGUGGCUGGCUGUGCCUCAGCUGUCCCCAGCAAGCAUGGGAGUGGUGGGCCCAUGGUGGGCCGUUGAACAGACCAAAUAAAUUAAGCAGUUAACAUAACUGAU